AUCGUUUCUGAAUAGAAUGCCUUAUUCUGACAAACAGAUUCAACAGUUAUCAUGAAGCUGUUGAAUACUGUACUGCUUUGUAGUUUUAUAAUAGUUGUUACUGGGUACUAACAUCUCCAGUCACUAGGUUGUUUUCGUAUGUCUUAUUAUUGUUUCUUUACUCUUUAGUUGUAAUCUGGUACAUCACCUUUUAAAGAGCUUUAAAAAUCCACAACGAAGAUGGACACCUAUAUUAUUGAUGAAGAUCGAAGACGACGCCUACGACAGCUGGAGGAAAAAAUUCAAGAUCCUCGAAGUGUAGCAAAUGUGGACUGUCUUUUGGAUACAGUUCAAGCCCUGGUCUCCGAUUGUGACCAUCCCGCUGUCAAGCGUAUGAAGAAUGUUGAAGCUUACAUGCAAAGAUAUGACAACGUUGCUUCAGACAUUUGUAAAUUGCGUAUGAAAACAGACGACUUCACUUUAAUCAAAGUGAUAGGAAGAGGAGCAUUCGGUGAAGUGCAGUUGGUGAGGCAUAAAUCAACACAGCGAGUGUAUGCUAUGAAACUCCUGAGCAAGUGUGAAAUGAUCAAGAGGUCAGAUUCAGCAUUUUUCUGGGAAGAGCGGGACAUAAUGGCUCAUGCCAACUCGCAGUGGAUUGUUCAGCUUCAUUUUGCGUUUCAAGAUCACAAGUAUCUCUAUAUGGUCAUGGACUACAUGCCAGGUGGUGACUUGGUGAACUUGAUGUCUAACUAUGAUGUGCCAGAGAACUGGGCCAAGUUUUAUUGUGCUGAAGUCGUCCUGGCCCUUGAUGCUAUACACACUAUGGGAUUUGUGCAUAGGGAUGUAAAACCUGACAAUAUGCUACUUGGGAAAGAUGGUCAUUUGAAGUUGGCUGAUUUCGGAACGUGCAUGAGAAUGGACUCGGAUGGGUUGGUGAGGUCAGAUACGGCUGUUGGGACACCAGACUACAUCUCGCCGGAGGUGCUACAGUCGCAGGGUGGAGAGGGGCUGUAUGGGCGAGAGUGUGACUGGUGGUCGGUUGGUGUCUUUCUCUACGAGAUGUUGGUCGGUGACACACCCUUCUACGCUGAUUCUCUCGUUGGCACCUACAGCAAGAUCAUGGAUCACCGCAAUUCCCUGCACUUCCCCUCCGACAUCGAGAUAUCCCAUCAUGCCAAGAACCUGAUAUGUGGCUUCCUCACUGACAGAACACAGAGGCUGGGGAGAAAUGGCGUAGAAGAAAUUAAGUCACACGCAUUCUUUCAAAAUGAUCAGUGGACGUUUGAUAAUUUACGAGAUUGUGUGCCACCCGUUGUACCUGAACUCUCUGGAGACGACGACACCAGCCACUUCGAUGACGUUGAGAAGGACGAGUCCCCGGAGGAAAGUUUUCCAACUCCCAAGGCUUUCUCCGGCAACCACUUACCAUUUGUGGGAUUUACGUAUUCUCGAGAUUAUAUGUUGCUAGGGAGUUCCGGUAGAGAAAACUCUGUUUCUCAUAACGCUGACACGGUGGACACGAGGGAACACAAUGGGGAGCUGGAGUCCCUGCUGGAGAGGGAACGCAUGGAGGUGGAAGCACUGGAGGAGAAGCAGCGAGUGCUGCUGCAACAGCUGGAAACAGUGUCAAGGCGCGAGUCCGAGAUGAGAGAGGAAACCACUCGGCUGGAGAAGUCUCUCACUAUGGCCAGGCAUGAUCUCAAGGAAUCUCAACGAAGAAUCGAAAACGAAAUUGAAGUCAGGAGGAAAACAGAAGGGCAACUUACUGAACUGAAGAGGAAACUGGAGGAGGAACAGAAUAAAAGGGCUCGAGAAAUGAACAACAAUCAGCAAGUUAACGAUAAAAUCAAUUUCAUGGAGAAGCAGCUAUCAGAACUACAAGAGAAGCUGAAGAGUGAAACAGAGAGUGCUGCGAGAUUGCGCAAGCAGGCGGCAGAGCUGAAUGUAGCCAAGUCUGCCAGUGAGCAGAUGACAAGCGAGCUACAGGGAAUGUUGGCAGCACUGCAGUCUCAGCGGGACUCUCUACAGCAGGAAGUGGCAACACUGCAAGGCCAGCUCAGUCAAGAAAAGGGAGCUCGGACUCAUGUCACUGACUUGCAUAAGGAACUGGAAGGUCGGCUGGCAGCCCUGCACGCGGAACUAGAGCGUAGCAGCAACCGGGAAAAUAAGGCGCUUGAGGACAACAGACAACUCAAUGAGCGGAUUUCGUCACUGGAGAAGGAAUGUGCCCUGCUGACACUGGAGCUGAAGGCAGCUCAGAACCGCUACAACCAGGAGGUUCGGGCCCACGAGGAGACCGAACGCAGUCGGCUACUAACCAAAGAGGAAGCUAACGUUGAAGCUGUUAAAGCCCUUCAAGCGAAAUUAAAUGAGGAGAAAAGUGCAAGGCAAAAGUCAGACCUUCAAUCACAGGAGAAGGAGAGACAAAUGUCCAUGCUCUCCGUCGACUACAGACAGAUACAACAAAGGCUACAGAAACUGGAGGGGGAACACAGGCAAGAAAUUGAGAAGACAAAAGCACUGCAAGCGCAAGUGGAGCAGGAGCAGGCCAAGAAGAGUGCACUAGCAUCGGAGGCGAGUUUGGCCACAAGCGAGGUGGCACACCUUCGCGCACGGGAGGCCCAGCUUUCCCGAGAAGUGGCCAGUCUGCGUGAGAGCAAGCGUGCAGCUGAGGAGGAGCUCCACCGCGUCAAGACGGCGCGCUCUGUCGAUGACCUGCAGAUGAAGGAGCUGCAGGACCAGCUCGAAGCAGAGCAGUACUUCUCGGAUCUGUACAAAACACAAACCCAAGAGCUGAAGGAGGAGAUAGAGGAGAAGUCCAGAUGUAUUCUGGAGCUGGAGGAGGAGAGGGGCUCCUUGGCUCACCAGCUGCAGAUAGCCCUGGCUCGAGCGGACAGUGAAGCUCUGGCUCGCUCCAUUGCAGAGGAGACAGUUGCCGAUCUAGAGAAAGAGAAAACCAUGAAGGAGCUGGAACUGAAGGACCUGCUCGCCAAACAUAGGACAGACAUCGCUUCUAAGGAUUCUGCUUUCAAUAUGAUGAAGGAGAGAGAAAUGGAGUACAAAAAGAAUUCUGAGCAGUUGAUGAAAGAUAAAGAAGAUCUUAACCACCAAAUGAUGCUUAUGCAAGAGGACGUCCGCCUGGCCAAAGGAUCUAAAGAGGAAUUGGACAGAUUACGUAAGCAGCUGAAGCAGGACCAACUGCUGAAGGAACAAGCUGUCAACAAGUUGGCAGAGAUCAUGAACAGGAAGGACAUCAACACAACAGGGAAGACCAAGAAGAUGUCGUCAGCUGACCUGAGGCGGAAGGAGAAGGAGUGUCGUAAACUGCAACAGGAACUUACACAGGAACGGGAGAAGUACAGCCAGGAGGUGCUCAAACUGCAGAAGGAGUUGCAAGAACAGCAAGCUCAGGUUGUGGAAGAGACAGCUGCUAGGCUGAGGCUUCAGAUGGAGCUGGACUCCAAGGACUCGGAGAUAGAGCAGCUGCUGGGCAGGUUGGCAACCCUGGGGAGUGAGACGGCUUCGCUCAGUAGUGCGGAGAAUGACAAUGAUGAGAUAUUCUCACAAGACAAUAGGAUAGAGGGAUGGUUGUCAGUACCCAACAAACAAAACAUCCGACGCCACGGCUGGAAGAAGCAGUACGUUGUUGUUUCUUCGAAAAAAAUCAUUUUCUACAAUUCAGAGAGUGAUAAACAAAAUACUGAUCCUGUGCUCAUACUGGAUUUAAAUAAAGUGUUCCAUGUCCGGCCGGUCACCCAGGGAGAUGUUAUCAGAGCAGAUGCCAAAGAUAUUCCUAGGAUAUUUCAGUUGCUGUAUGCGGGUGAGGGAGAGGCUCGCAGACCAGACGAAGGGGGCCCACUGGACAUGAGCAGGGUCAUAGACGACAAGCCCGGCACCAUCGUUCUGAAGGGCCACGAGUUCAUACAGAUCUCCUACCACAUGCCCACCAACUGUGAGGUGUGUCCCAAGCCUCUGUGGCACAUGUUCCGGCCUCCUGCUGCACUGGAAUGUCGAAGUAAGUGCUCGUACUGCCGUGAUUUGUGGAUAGUUUGACAAAGAUCUCAAUGU